ACCCCAACCACUUUCAUCAACAACUCAUUCAAACAACAAAGCAGACUUUUCUCAGCUUCAUCCGCCAACAUGGUUCAAAAGGUUUACUUCGACUGCACCUGGACCGGUCCUCAGGUCAACGUUGAUGGCAACGGCAAGCCCACCAACACCGACCGCGAGAUCAAGCAGCGCUCCGGCCGCAUCAACUUCGAGCUCUUCGACGACGUCGUCCCCAAGACCGUCGAGAACUUCCGUGCUCUCUGCACUGGCGAGAAGGGCUUCGGCUACUCUGGCUCCAAGUUCCACCGUGUCAUCCCUGACUUCAUGCUCCAGGGUGGUGACUUCACCCGUGGCAACUCCAUCUACGGUGAGAAGUUCGCCGACGAGAACUUCAAGCUCACCCACAACAAGCCUUUCAUGCUCUCCAUGGCCAACGCCGGCCCUAACACCAACGGCUCCCAGUUCUUCAUCACCACCGUCGUCACCAGCUGGCUCGACGGCCGUCACGUCGUCUUCGGCCAGGUCCCCUCCGGUGACACCGCCUCCAUGUCCGUCAUCAAGUCCAUCGAGGCUUGCGGUUCCAGCUCUGGCGCCAUNCAAGGGCGGCGGUUCUCCCCCACCAUCUCCGCCGCUGGCGAGCUCUAA